AUGAUUUACGACGUGAAUUCGCCGCUUUUCCGAUCCUUCCUCAGCCAGAAGGGAGGCGCCUCUGACAAGAGGAAAACAGAAGAGCAGAAGCCCAAGGAACAGAGGCCGAAAGCAAGUGAAAACAAGCCUGUUAUGAAUGAGUGAAAUCUUCCAGAUGUAAACUUAUUUUAGAAUAUCUGAAAUGUUAUUAAGAGACUCUUUUUAGAAAAUGUUGAUCAUGUGCUACAUUUGACAUUUGAAUAGAUCAUCUAUCUUUUAAGAUA